AUGGGCGUCCCUGAUGAUGAGAUUCUGGAUGUUGCUCCUCUCUCUGUUAUUCCCGCCGCGGACAUUGAUUUGAAUCAACCCAUCUCCAUUGAUGCCUCUGCUUCUUCAUGUUCCAAUCAAGGUAAUCCCUCUAGUAUUCCGUCUGGUUUAACUCCUGUCACUAAGUAUAAGGAAGGAACACACUAUACUGAUCGUGUUAUAAGAGACAUAGUUACUAGAAUUUAUAAUGAAGGCCACUCUGUGAAGGGGAUUUCUACUCCCCUUGCUCAAAUGUAUCCCCCUCCUGAGGUUGAACAACCUAGUGGUAAGGGUGAUGAUUCCUCCAGUUCUGAAAAGGCCUUGGCUGCUGAAGGGUUGCGCUCUCUAGGGCAAACCGUGUUUGACAAAGGGAAAUUUGUGGCCUCUAACACGGAUAAUGCUUCCCACUCUGAGAAGCAUGAUGAUGCAAAUGUUGUGAUUGAUCUAGAGGAUGGUAGCUCUUAUGAUCAAGAGGAAAGCUUGAUUCAUCACAUAAAGCCAAGUGUGGCUAAACGCAUGAAGACUCGCAAAGGAAAAUAUGUGGCUGAACUUAUGUCAGCUAGAGAAGCUAAGAAGACUGCUGUCAUUGGUCCCUCCAAACCAUGGAGCAAGGUUGAAAUAAGAAGAGGAAGGAAGUCUCCUGUUAAAGUACAUGUUGUUCAUUUGGAUAACAUCUCCUUCCAUCUUGAGGAUGGAGCUGCUAAGUGGAAAUUUGUGAUUCAGAGAAGGGUAUCCGUGGAAAGGGAAUUGGGAAAAGAUGUUGUUGAUGUCAAGGAGGUCAUGGACCUGAUACAAGCUGUUGGGCUUUUGAAGACUGUUGCUGGGUUCUCUCAAUGCUACGAAGGUUUAGUCAAGGAAUUUAUUGUUAAUAUUCCUGAGGAUAUUUCUGAUAAGAACAGCAAGGAGUUUUGCAAGGUGUAUGUGAGGGGCAGAAAUAAUGAGGGUGCGGGAGAAUUAGAGGUUACAGACAAUCAGGUCUGUAGCGAGAUUACAGCUAAGCAGGUGAAAGUUUGGCCUUUUAAAAAGCAUCUUCCUGUUAGGAAGUUGACUAUCAAGUAUGCUAUCCUGCAUAAAAUAGGAGUUGCUAACUGGGUCCCUACCAACCAUAUCUCCACCAUUGUUAAUACUCUUGGGAGGUUUAUUUUUGUUGUUGGGACAAAAGUGAAAUUUGACUAUGGUAGAUAUAUGUUUGAUCAAAUCAUCAAGCAUACAACUACUAAUGCAGUUAAGCUGCCAAUUGCUUUUCCCUCUAUGAUCUGUGGAAUUAUCUUGAAUCAACAUCCUGGUAUUCUGUGCUCAAAUAAUUUACCUAGUAGGAGAAAACCAGCUUUGUCUGUGCACUGCAAACUCUUUGAAGGCAGUCAUGUCGAGGAUAUUGUCAUGACAUUUGCCAUGAGGAGGCCAGUCUCAAAAGUUGGAGUAAUUGUUGAGCUUAAGGAGACAUGCAAAGAGCUAGGUGGAGGGAUUAGGGUAUCCACAACUAGAAAACUAUCUUUGGAAGCCUUGAUUGAAAGCUUGGAGCAGGCUGAGGGUGAAAAUGUUGAACAUGCUAAUGUCAGCCAUGAAGAAGAAGCUGAAGCCCACACCUCUAGUGAGAGGUCUGCUAACAAUGAUGAUGCGAGUGGCCUGCUUCUGGUGCUGCUGAAGAGGCUGCAAACUCAAGCUCUACUAAGUAGCUCUAUUGGCUUUGAUCCCUCUUGUUUUGAUGGUUUUCUUGGUUUUUUGGUGGAUUUCCUUGUGUAUUUUUUUGGGGAGAAUUCUAGUGUUUAUUUGCUUGGUACAGGGGAAGAAUUCUCUGUGUUUUGUUUGUGUGAAGCAGUGUGGUUGUUGCUUGUUGUGGACUGGCUUAAGGGGGAGCUGUUGUGUUCUGGGAAGUUGCAUGUUGUUUGA